GACCACCUGCGUGCCCACACAGGUGACAAGCCAUAUCAGUGUCCUUCAUGUUCUCAGAGCUUCACAUACAAAGCUAAACUGAAAGUUCACCUGCGCACCCACACAGGUGAGAGGCCAUAUCAGUGCCCUUCAUGCUCUCAAAGCUUCAUGCAACAGGGCCAUCUAAAAGCCCACCUGCGCACCCAUACAGGCGAUAAGCCAUUUGAGUGUCCUUCAUGCUCUCAGAGCUUCACACGCAAGUUUGCCCUCAAAGUCCACCUGCGCACCCAUACAAGUGAGAAGCCAUAUCAGUGCCCUUCAUGCUCUCAGAGCUUCUCGCAACAGGACCAUCUAAAAGCCCACCUGCGCACCCAUACAGGCGAUAAGCCAUUUGAGUGCCCUUCAUGCUCUCAGAGCUUCUCGCAACAGGGCCAUCUAAAAGCCCACCUGCGCACCCAUACAGGCGAUAAGCCAUUUGAGUGCCCUUCAUGCUCUCAGAGCUUCGCACGCAAGUCUACCCUCAAAGUCCACCUGCUCACCCAUACGGAUGAGAAGCCAUAUCAGUGCCCUUCAUGCUCUCAAAGCUUCAAAAAGAGAUAUGACUUAAAGUGCCACCUGCGCACCCACACAGGUGAGAAGCCAUAUCAGUGCCCUUCAUGCUCUCGGGGCUUCAUAAAGAAAUAUGGCUUAAAGCGCCAUCUGCGCACCCACACAGGCGAUAAGCCAUUUGAGUGCCCUUCAUGCUCUCAGAGCUUCGCACGCAAGUUUACCCUCAAAGUCCACCUGCGCACCCAUACAGGUGAGAAGCCAUAUCAGUGCCCUUCAUGCUCUCAAGGCUUCAGAAAGAGAGAUGACCUAAAGUGCCACCUGCGCACCCACACAGAUGAGAAGCCAUUUGAGUGCCCUUCAUGAUCUCAGAGCUUCUCACAACAGGCCCACCUUGAGACAUAUGAGGCAAGAAGCCAUUUCAAAGUCCAUUAUGCUUUCAGAGAUUGUCGUUGAAGAAUGCCCGCAAGACACACCAGCUCAUUCAUGCAGGUGACCGGCCGUAUAGUUGUAACGUCUGCUCCAGGUCCCUUACACAGUCUCAUAACUUGAGCAGACAUAAGGGAUGACAGCACCAUGAUACUCUAGGGUAGGUCAAGAACGAUGUUGAAUGGGAAUCUGAAUUAGAAAUCUACAAAUGUGAAGAAUGUCACAUAGUGUUUUACUGCAUGAGGUAGCACAAGUGUUUCCAUGUGCUCAUAAAGGGAACGUUUAACUCGAGCCUAACUCUGAUGCUGUCUAUUCUAAUACAUGUAAAAUGCAGGAACACUUUUCUGAGAUAACUACUUGACCAAUUAUUAGGAAAUUUGUUGCUUUUGAGACAUAAAGAUAAAUUCUAGUGGGUGCUGGAUGCAUAAUCUUGAUUUAAGGCCUUAAUGUUAUAAUAGCAAUUUACAAAGAUUUGAAAAAAAUUGAAACGAGAAGUUAUUAAAUUCGCAGCUCUGCACCUAGAAUAGUUAUCGUAGUUCUGUAAACUGCAUAUGGUAGAUAAUGAAAAGCGGAGAAAUUUGAUGUAUCAAUUUAUAUUAUUCUUCAACUUGUUACAUCGUUUAUGAGGUUUUUUUUCAAUGUCUUACUCACAUAUUAGUGCUAUAUUUGAAAUCCUUGUUUGAUACAUCAGUAUUGUCCGCUUUAGAUGUGUCCUAUUUGAUGCAUUUGACAGAAUUGUAAUAAAUGUUUUUCAUUGCUGAGUUAGAGUUCUAUACUUGGUAGUUUCGCUUUCGGAAAAUUUGUGAUUUUCAACAAUUUUUAUCAGGAGAUUCGCGGCCUAAAUAAAGCAUUCAAUGUGGACACUCACUCGAUUCUUACAAUUUCUUUUAUAUGCAAACAACCUCAUAAAAUUUAGUGUAGCAGUUGUCGAGAAAAAAAAUUUAUUCCCAUGUAUUUAGAUAGGAGCCCCUGUUCUAAGUCUUCCUCUUAAACGGUCAUUGAAACACUUUUUUUCGGAUGAUCCUAUUUGCUCUUGAUCUUUUCUCAAGGUGUUAUAAAACACAGAGCAAAAGCAAUUACGAGAACUGAGCCCCACUAAGCCAUUAUAGGUGAGAAAAAAUUCAAAAUGCAGUUAAACCUCGAUAUAAUGAAGUCUGUAAAAUCAACGGUUUGCUUUGUCAUAUUGUGCUUUUUAUUUUUCCAAUAUUAUUCAACAGUUUGUUUGAUCUCAGAAAUUACUGCUAAAAUGCCCCUACAGAAAAGCAUGUUAAUUGUAAUACCUAUUAUUAUACUACAGACAUCUCAGUGAUCUGAUUUUUGUAAGUAAAUUUUUUUUUCAGAAUUGUCUUUUGGUACAUAUGGACUUGUUCUGUUAGAUCCACUCACUUUGGCUGGCGAGCUGGAUUGAAGCCUUGAUAGAGUGUGUAUGUGCAACUGAACGAGGAUGUAGAAAGAAAUAAGUACACAGAGACAGCACUGACAAGGUUCUGAUAUGCAUGGCUCAUCCUGGAGUCUCUUGAUCUUACCCAAUUUACACCUAUCUUUUUUUUUACCUAUAGGUACAUGUUUAGAGCAAUUGAUUGUUCAGUGAGCAUUCCAAUGUCUGCCUCAUGACA